CUUGGCCAAGCUAUUGUCGAAUAUCCGUCUUGGGUAAUCAUGGCGGAAGGUAGGGGUACGUCCAAAGAGACUCAAAAGCUGGCACCUAGCCAUGGUCCACUAUCUGGCAACAAUAGCCGCCGUACAAGGACCGAAAGGGGAGCGAUGGGUAGAAUCUUGGGCGGUGCUACACGGGUGUUGACUGGGCGAAAGUCAGAGGAACCGAUAAGCCCAUCCUCAGACUCCCUUGAGCGCCCAGAUAAGGAACGAGAUUCGCGGGCAAAAAAAGCCCAUGAAGCUACUGGAACAGGGGCCGAUACAAAGUCGCAUGGUGCUCACAUUAAUAAUAGAGCCCAUAAAAGAGACAUCAAGUACCUCCACCAAGACAAAGAAAAGGGUGUGCCAAUUGAGGAAUGGAAGGAGAAAUACAAUCUAUUACGCCAGGAAUUCGAGGCUCAGUCCCAGCGCCUAGCAGAGGAAGUACACCAGCAUGAAAGUGAUCGCCAACAACAACGGUCCGCGUACGAAUACAAGCUGCAGCAACGUGAUACAAAAAUUCGAAAGCUCAACGAAAUCCUUUCUCGGUUAUCGGAGGAUAAUGAACAUUUGCAGACCAUAGUUGUCGCGCAUCAAGAACAUGCUCUCCAGUCAAUGGCGUCAAACAACGGAUGGGCUCCUAAGGAGGACAGGGUUGUUAGGGAUGAGUUGCUCAAGCUGGAUGGCAAGAUACGCUCCUGGGCCAGAAGUUACAGUGUCAAGUCUCUCACUGAUUUAGACAAUAUUCAAGAUAAUGAGAAGGACAAGGUCAUUCAGGAAUUGGGCGAAUACUGUCGGGAACAGGAUUGGGCGUCGCUGAUGUGCAAAGUAUCGUUUUCCUUCGAUAAGGUCCCAGUUAUCCUUUUACAAGCCUUAUUAGCCAAGGAUGUGUUUGGGAGGAUGUUUGUGGACCCAUUUUUUGCCUUCGGAAAGGUCGGCGAUGAUAACAGUCUUCCCGAGCCGGCAGCAUUGGACAGGCUUUACAAGUACAUGAUACAGGUUCAUGAGGCAGAAGCGCACACUUGGCGCUCACAGACCAUACGAAUUCUUUCCACUGCAACUGAUCCGCACACCAAAACCAAACCUAUCUUGCAGGAGAGGAUUGAGGAACUUAGCAGUGGACUUGUGACAAAUUUCCUCGGUAGCUCAGCCUGCACUCUUCUUCGAUCAUUGGAUACAGAUCAUGCCAAGAAAAUGAAUCAGGAGCUCCAAUCGCUGUACGCCGCGGCUGCACAUCUCGCAUUGUCGCUUUGGAGUCAGCCGACGUUAAUGGUCUGUAGAAACCAGCAACAUCUGCCAGACUUCGCCAUCGCCAGUCCAAUGAUGAUUGCACACCGUUUGCAUCAUUUGGACGAAGAGGAUAGCAGGUUGGAUGGUAAGCAGGUGCUCCUUGUUAUUCGACCGGUUGUCCUGGCCUUCGGUACGGUAAAUGCCGAGCACUAUGAUCUAUCGAAGGUGUGGGCCCCAGCAACUGUGGUGGUAAAUGAAAAAUCAUGAGAGACAUUGUGUUCUUAGAUUAGAGGAGCUUAGCAC